UGUGUGCAUGUCCGCUCUGAACAAUGGCCAUUAAUGACCUUUGAUACCAGCAUGGAUGACAGAGUGAAGAAGAUCAAUGAACAUAUCAGAUCCAAGACCAAGGUUCCGGUGCUGGACCAGGUCCUUCUGCUGGGCUCCAAGGCCCUGAAUCCCCAGAGAAAGCUGUCGUCUUAUGGCAUUGACAAAGAGACGACCAUCCACCUCACCCUGAAGGUGGUAGGGCCCAGUGAUGAGGAGCUGUCCUUGUUUCUGGUGGAGUCAGGCUCUGAGGGGCAGCGGCACCUCCUCCAGGUACGAAGGUCCAGCUCAGUGGCCCAGGUGAAAGAGAUGAUCCAGAGUGUGACCGCUAUGAUCCCAAAGAAACAGAUUGUGACUUGCAAUGGCAAGAGACUGGAAGAUGGGAAGGUCAUGGCUGACUACAACAUCAGAAGGGGCAGUUUGCUCUUUCUCACGGGGUACUGUAUUGGGGGGUGA